AUGGCGGCCGCAACUUUGGGCAUGAGAAAAAAUGGCAAAAAUUGGCAUGCGCCCAAGAAACCAUUUCGUCCCGGCUCGGGUCUGACUUCCUACGAGAAGCGACUCGAGCAACGGAAACAUAUGGAGGCUUUAAAGGAAAAAGAGAGGGAAAUGAAGGAGGAGAAGGAGGCAGAGCGACAGCGCCAUAUUCAAGCCAUCAAAGCGCGGAGGGCUGCCAAGGAGGAAAAGGAACGCUAUGAGAAAAUGGCUGAGAAGAUGCACCGCAAGCGAGUUGAGCGACGGAGACGCAGAGAGAAGCGCAACAAAUUGCUCAACUCAUGA